AUGGCGUCGUGGUCGUCGCCCCCAGCCGCCGCCGCCGCCUCCUCCUCGGGCGCCCGAUUCGGCCCCUUCCCGAGCCGAGCGCAGCGGCUCGUGCCGUAUCCGUCGCUCGCCCGCGGAGCCCCCGCCUCGACGCUCGUCCUCAGGCCCCAGCCCCACCCGGACGGCCGUGGCCAUGGCCUCCUCGCGCACACCGGAUCCUCUCCCUCCUCGCGGUGCCGCGCCGUCGCCGCCGAGGUCGAGGGCCUCAACAUCGCCGACAACGUCACCCAGCUCAUCGGCAAGACACCAAUGGUGUAUCUCAACAAGGUUGUCAAGGGCUCCGUCGCCAAUGUUGCUGCUAAGCUCGAGAUUAUGGAGCCCUGUUGUAGCGUCAAGGACAGGAUAGGGUACAGUAUGAUAAACGAUGCUGAACAGAAGGGCUUGAUUACUCCUGGAAAGAGUGUUUUGGUGGAAGCCACAAGUGGAAAUACAGGCAUUGGUCUUGCCUUUAUUGCUGCUUCCAAAGGAUAUAAGUUGAUAUUAACAAUGCCUUCAUCAAUGAGCAUGGAGAGGAGAGUCUUACUCAGAGCUUUUGGUGCUGAACUUGUCCUUACUGAUGCUGCAAAAGGGAUGAAAGGGGCCGUAGAUAAGGCUACAGAGAUUUUAAAUAAGACACCCAAUUCUUACAUGCUUCAACAGUUUGAUAACCCUGCCAACCCUAAGGUACAUUAUGAGACUACUGGUCCAGAGAUCUGGGAGGAUUCAAAGGGGAAGGUGGAUAUAUUCAUUGGUGGAAUUGGAACAGGGGGGACAAUAUCUGGUGCUGGCCGUUUCCUAAAGGAGAAAAAUCCUGGAAUUAAGGUUAUUGGUAUUGAGCCUUCUGAAAGCAACAUACUCUCUGGCGGAAAACCUGGUCCACAUAAGAUUCAGGGAAUUGGGGCAGGAUUUGUUCCAAGUAACUUGGAUAGCGAUAUUCUUGAUGAAGUAAUUGAGAUAUCAAGUGAUGAAGCUGUUGAGACAGCAAAACAGCUGGCUGUUCAGGAAGGAUUACUGGUUGGAAUCUCCUCUGGAGCAGCUGCCGCCGCUGCCAUAAAGGUUGCCAAAAGACCAGAAAAUGCUGGAAAGUUGAUAGUGGUUGUGUUUCCGAGCUUUGGCGAGAGGUACCUUUCAACUGUCCUCUAUCAGUCCAUAAGAGAAGAAUGCGAGAACAUGCAGCCUGAGCCAUGA